AACGAGUCAACUUACGAAAGCCUCCGAGAGGCAAUUUGCCAAACACGCAGCAGCGCCAGCAGCGCCAGCACACACAGAGCAAACAAGUGCAAAAUACACCGCUAUACGCACUACUUUGCGAGCUUCAAGCGGCAUAGCUGCGGCCGAAGAGGUGUAAGUGCAUGGGUAGUGCGUGCUCGUCGCAGGACGCCAGCCAGGAACCAGGUGGAUGGGCGACAACUUCUGGCUACAUGAUGGGGCAAACCCAAUCAGGAAGUGCAUCUGCGCGACGCCAAGGCCAGUUCAAGAAAUGCCAGUUGCCGGGGUGCUCCAAUCCUGUCCAUGUCGACCGCAAGAGCAACAAGGUGUUUGAUCACUGCUGCAGGGGCCAUGCCAUCCAGCAUCAAAACCCACCACAGCCUGCAAGCCAGUCUGCUGCGGACAUUUCAGAUUUCCAGCAACCGUGUUUGCUCCCGGGGUGUGGACUAACGGGAUCUGUAGACAAGACCACGGGAGUGAGCUACGACUAUUGCAGCAAGGCCCACGCUAUCGAGGCAGCCAUGCGAAUGUCCGGUGUAGCACCGAAGAUGGGCUCCACCACGACAACGAUAGACCAUUCGGGCUUGCGGGCACCCUCCAGCGGCGGCGACACUUUCUUACCACCGUGUAAACACAGCGGAUGCACGCGCCCGUGCGCUGCAGAUGCCAAGACUGGACGUAUCCACGGCGUUUGCCAAACCCAUUAUUCUGGUGCUGCAAAUUCCACUACUUAUAUCGUUGCGGGCCGCACCUCAGCUGCCUCGUCGACGCAAGCGCCUGCGCGUGCGGCAAUGGGAGGGACGGUGGGCAUCAUCAAGAUCUCCUCUAUCGCGCAGGCGGCACCGCCCCCGCCAUCAGCAUCUUCAGCAUCCGGCCGGUUGACGCGCCCGUCGGCGGUGUCUUCGGGUCAGUGUCAGCUGGACGGGUGCGCGAAGCUGAGCGCGAUCAACACCAGCACCGGAGAGCGUUACGAUUUCUGCUCCAGGCAACAUGCACAGCAGGCGAAGAACUCAGGCAAGGCAGGACCCUUCAACGGCGGUGGAGCGUUCUUGGCGGUGCCCGGACCAGCAGUUUGCAUGCUGUUGGGGUGCGCCAAGCCUCAAGCGCCCGGCUACGACCACUGCUGCAAGGAUCAUGCGUUGGCGGCACGGAAAUAUAUCCCGAUGUGCACGCUGCGCGGGUGUGCCAAGGACGCGUGGUUCGACCCGAAACGCAACCAGUACUCAUCGUACUGCGGCCGCGCGCACCGCAAUGAGGGAGAGCGAGUCUUGCAGGAGAUGACAGGUGGUUCUGGCGGCUCGGGUUUCAGGCUGCAAGAGCUAGAUCGGUCUCACCAGAAGUAUGAAUCAGUGAAGACACAGUUCACCUCUAAGUGGCAAAAGGGUAAUGUCCCUACGGUGGAAAACAUUUUCUUGAUUAAGAUGCCAAUGGGUGUUGUCGACAAGUAUUUGGCAUACAAGAAUCGAGUUGGAAACGAGCGCCGGAGAUUUCACGGGACAUCCCGCGCUUCAGACUGUGACUUCUUCACCGGCAGCAAGAAACAACCUUGUAGCUCGCGGACUUGCGUGGCCUGCAACAUCUGCAUGGUCGGCUUUAAGCUUGUCGGAACAACGAAGAAAUCCUACGCACGGUACGGUCGAGGCCUCUACUUCUCCUCCGUUUCGGGGAAGUCCAACGACUACGCCGAUGGGUCCGAGCAGAGGCGUAACGGUGCGCGUUACCGGACGAUGUUUCUGUGCAAUGUUGCUGUCGGGAAAGCGAAGGUGACCGAGGCGGUGGAUCUCCCGGACGAUCAGUGCCCCGGGAAAGGAUUCGACUCGGUGGUGGGCAACAAAGGGGCAAACCUCAACCACGACGAAACCGUGGUGUACGAUGAGGCAGCGGCUAUCCCGUCUUACAUGAUCGUCUACAGGAUGUGAAACACGCAAUAAUAACAUUGCGAGCCGACAUCAUCAUCGCAAGGGGUGCCCACGUCGUACAUGCUCGUCUAUAGGAUGCACAAUACGCAAUAUUAUAGUGUUGUUGAGCCCGUGUCAUCACCGGAAGGGGCGACCACCGUAUAGUCUACGGGGAUAGAAUCUCAACCCCGACAAGUUGCUCGUAUGAUAGGAACGAACCACAUCUACAGUAUUUGGCAGCCUUCUGAAGAAUUUCGAGUCGCUCGCGUGUAGAUGGAACCACGAGCGUUACGCAGUCUACAGAAAUUGCCCCUCCUAAGAUGGAAUGCCCCCUUCGCUGUUCACGGGGGUAGAUCGGCAUCGCCACCCGGGUUCGGUCACGAGAUAUCCCAUGUAGAGCCCGAGGCGAAGGGGAAACAACGUGUUGGGAAGACUAUUAUGGUAGACUAGGCUGGAGAGGGGCUGGAUUUUAUUUUUGAAAACUUUCGACGUUUUUUUGUUGAUUUUCUGUUCGUCGUGUACUGUAGAUUUUCAGAGCACUUUGCUGCGCGGUGGGUUGAUGCUAUUAUAGGGGUACGCCCCGGGCGCGAGUGUUUCAGGGUGGUGGCGAUGUACAGCGGGAGCGAAGAGUUUCGCCAAGCCCGCAACGGAAAAGUUGAACUUUUAGUUCCUUUCGCAUCGCGACGACCAUAAAA